UUAUCACUGCACAUUUAAUCCAAAUAUAGGUCAACACUGCCUCUCAAACCUGUUAUCAGUUGACCUCUAUUUUGAAUGGCAAAUUAUGUAUAUACAUUGGACUGGUAAAUAAAACUGUGGAUAUAAAGUUAUACAUGUUGCAGUGUUUUGCUUGUAGAUAGUGCUAGGAUUUAGCUUUCGAACUAUUUUGCUGACAAAUAUAAAAGAUAAGACAAAGUGGUGGCUAAGCAAAAUGGCACUUAAAGCAUCAUUUAACAGAAUAGGGUUUCUCGGAAGGAACUAUACACUGCAGCAGCGACUCUAUUCUAGCGCAGUUUCUUCAAAUGAGAAAAUAUACGAGCUCCGCACAUAUGUGGUGAACCCACGUGACCAGCGUCAGUUUCUCGAUCUGAGUAAAGAAUGGAUGCACUUACGCACUGCUCACUCGAAGCUGAUUGGCUAUUGGACUAAUGAGCUCGGUUCUGGCAUUAACGAUAUGGUUCACAUUUGGGAAUAUGAUAGUCUGAAGCACCGUGCCGAUGUACGACAGCGACUCGCGGGUGACCCUGAGUGGGUGGGAAGCUAUUUCAGCAAGAUAUUACCAUGGUUACAACGCCAGGAGAACGAUUUACUCCGCUGUCUGCCCGGGACUGAAGUAAAAGACGCCCCUGGAAGCGGGAUCUACGAGUUGCAGAACGUGACAUUCCCCCCUGAUCCCGCGAUUUCUAGUCAACUAGUCCAAAAUCUCAACCGACCAGGCUCCACACUCCUUGGAAGCUGGUAUUGCGCGUUUUCCAAACAGUAUAUUGGAUGGCUUUUGUGGCACCAUAACGAUUUAGACAACGCGGCUGCAAACCCGUUGAAAACUGAUGAGGCUUCGAAAUUCUACGUUGUACAAUCCAAAGUUCUGCUGCCCACACCGUGGUCGCCGUUGAAAUGACCGAACCCUUACCAGUGCGAGCUAUUGGCUGAAAGGUCAAGGCCUAUGCGACGAUGCUCCAAGCCCCGAGGAAUCAGAAACGGUCCAAAUUCUAAUGUGUGAUUAUGCAUGUACUUAUAAGUCAUUGUAGUCUUUGUAUGUAUUGAAAAUAUUGUUGUAUAUGCAGCUGUAAAUAAAAAAAGUACACAUG